UUAUUAUUAACAUUCCGAUGGGCGCUGAAGUGCUGUGUGCCUCCGGUCUUCUCCUUCCUGCGGGCGCAGCCGCCUUCUCCGUGGAUGAGAAGGCAGGAAAAGGUUGGUGCAAGAUGGAGCACACAGCUCUUCUCUCUCCCCUCCUUCCCUCCCUCUCGUGCACGCGCCUCUGCCCAAGUAACUGACGAAGCGACGAGCCCUAGCUGCACCAUCGUUUUCGUCUAGUGUUUGCUCGCGAGAUGGCGACCUUCGGCGAGGUGCCUCCUGGGAAUGCAAGGGCGGGGGAGAAGAUCUUCAGGGCCAAGUGCGCUCACUGCCAUACCCUUGAGAAAGGAUCCGGCCAUAAGCAUGGUCCAAAUCUGCACGGCCUAUUCGGAAAGCAAUAUGGUACCACCCCCGGCUUUUCGUAUUCUGCUGCAAGCAAGAACAAAGAUGUUGUCUGGGAAGAAAACACUUUAUACGACUAUUUGCUAAAUCCAAAGGAGGUAAAGAUUGCUAUCUUGAUUGAACCGAUAAAUUCAUAUCUACACAAAAAUGUUUUAGUUCCAGUGACUUGCAUAAUUAAGGUACAUCUUUUAGCUGCACUCAAACACAGGUGGGAUUUGGUAAUAGAAGAAAUAUGUUUCAUGAUCUAAUGGUUUGUAGUUCUUGUUUAGGAAGGUUGAAGCUUAAAACAAUCUUUCUCCAAAGCUGGGUCUGGACUGUAGGGCACCCUGUUCGAUAUCCAGUUUACCAACAGCAAUAAUACUCUAUUCUAUUCCUUGCUAUCAUAUGAUAUUUCUUCUUUCUUGCUGCAGUACAUUCCUCUAAAGGCGAAAUUCCCCUGUAUGAAGAAUCCCCAGGAGCGUGCGGAUCUGAUUGCCUUCCUCAAGGAAACCACAUCCUGAUCAACUGAAGUUUACUUAUAGGGAUGGAUUUGUAUCCAUUGGACUUGUUCAAUUUCACCUCCUAUCAGACAACUACUUGCAGCCUUCUUAAUGCACUUAUUCUUAGAUAAUCCACUAAUGUCGGUCAUAAUACAUGUCUCUGUAACACUAACUUGGACGAUGCCAGUUAAUCCUAAGUUAUGCUUUGGUUGACAGAUUUCAGAGGGAAAAAAAAUUGAAGCAAAAUGGUCCAAGGUAUCACAUUUUAGAAAUUGAAUCAAAUAAAAAAAGUUAUCAUGA